UAAGCCUAGAAAUUAAACUGGUUUGCUGUUACUGAUAGAGUGUUAAUUGUUUAGUCUCUUCCUUUUGGAUCGGAUCUGAGACAAAGAAGGUGUUCACUCUUGUUCAGUGGUGCUCAAAGACACGCCAAAGUUACUUCACUUUCUGUUGUCCUUCUUCUUCUUUCCCUCUCCUCAACAUGCUUCUUCUUCAACCACCAAUGAACAAAUGAAAACAACAUUUCUUGCUCUUCAUUCACAUUGCCAUUUCUCUUCUCUGAUCAGAUACCCUUCAUGGAGUCACCUAUUAAUGGAGUUGAGUCCUUAUCAGAGGUUCAGAAUUCAGUUUCUGGGGUACAUCAUGAUCCUCUUCUAUCUGGGACACCCCGUCCUUCGCGGCCUCCCUUGAGAGCAUCUAGAAACCAUGGGGCUGGUCAUCAAACCAAGAACAUCCAUCACCAUAACAGCCAUGUAAUUAAUCAAAAACAUUCCUACCAGGAGGGAGAUAAUGUUGAGCAUCAUGAAGGAUUGUUGCCAACAAAAUUGUGCACCAAGCAACCACUUGAUGAUUCCAAGAAUUGUGAGCCAAGUGGUGUUGUGUUGGAAUCUGAGAAUUGUGCCUUAGGUCCAUCGAAACGAGCCGUUGCAAAUCAUGCCAAGAGUUACUGCCAGUCUGAGGUUACUUUCUGUCCAAGCCCUCAGAAUAGUUUCUAUUCGGCCACUGUGUAUUCUGAAGCCAAAGACAGUUUCACCAACACUGAAGUGAGUGAGUGUGCUAGUGUUGACAAGUCACGUGGAAGUGGAGAAGUGGCGAAUUCCUGUGAUUUUAAUGAGAGCAGGAAGACCAGCAUCUGUAGAGCUAGUACUGGCAGUGAUGCUAGUGAUGAUAGCAGCACCAGCAGUUUGAGCAGUGUUUUAUAUAAACCUCACAAGGCAAAUGACAUAAGAUGGGAAGCAAUUCAAGUCAUUCGAGCACGAGACGGGAUGUUGGAGAUGAGGCAUUUCAGAUUGUUGAAAAAAUUGGGGUGUGGAGACAUAGGUAGUGUGUAUCUAGCAGAAUUGAGUGGCACAAGAACUUCUUUUGCCAUGAAGAUCAUGAACAAGACCGAGCUGGCGAACCGCAAGAAGCUUCUGAGGGCUCAGACAGAGAGAGAGAUAUUGCAGUCUUUGGAUCACCCUUUUCUACCCACAUUGUAUACACACUUUGAGACAGAGACAUUCUCCUGCUUGGUGAUGGAGUUUUGCCCUGGUGGGGACCUGCAUGCACUUAGGCAAAGACAACCAGGGAAGUAUUUUUCGGAGCAUGCUGUCAGGUUUUAUGUGGCAGAAGUUCUCCUUGCUUUGGAGUACUUGCACAUGCUAGGGAUCAUCUACAGAGACCUAAAACCUGAGAAUGUAUUGGUGAGAGAAGAUGGUCACAUAAUGCUCUCAGAUUUUGACCUCUCUCUAAGGUGCACUGUAAGUCCAACUCUAGUAAAGUCAUCAAACAACAGCUUGGAGACAAAAAGCUCAGGAUACUGCAUUCAGCCUUCUUGCAUUGAGCCAACAUGUGUAAUGCAGCCAGACUGCAUCCAACCGGCAUGCUUCACGCCACGCUUUCUCUCCGGCAAAUCGAAGAAAGACAAGAAGUACAAACCAAAGAAUGACAUGCAUCAUCAGGUGACCCCUCUCCCUGAGCUAAUUGCUGAGCCAACAAAUGCCAGAUCAAUGUCCUUUGUGGGGACACAUGAGUACUUGGCACCUGAGAUCAUCAAGGGUGAAGGGCAUGGAAGUGCUGUAGACUGGUGGACAUUUGGCAUAUUCUUGUAUGAGCUUUUGUUCGGUAGAACGCCGUUCAAAGGCUCAGUGAACCGCGCAACGCUGUUCAAUGUAAUUGGACAGCCUUUGAGGUUUCCUGAAUCUCCUACUGUCAGCUUUGCUGCCAGGGACUUGAUCAGAGGCUUGCUUGUGAAAGAACCGCAGCAUCGUCUUGCCUAUAGGCGCGGCGCAACAGAGAUAAAGCAGCAUCCUUUCUUUCAGAAUGUUAACUGGGCACUGAUCCGUUGUGCAAAUCCUCCAGAGGUGCCAAGGCAAGUUGUGCAGCUUCCUCAAACUGAAAAGGAGCUUGGUGUGAAGCCUUCUGGUAAUUAUUUAGAUAUUGAUUUCUUUUGAAACUUAUGUCCCUUCUCUCCUUUGGAGUUUGGACUAGUUUCCACUUUCCUUCUCUCAUUUGGGGUGUUUCGUGCUUUCUCUGUCUCCGUGGUUCGUUUUCAACUGCAUUGUUGAUCAGCACUUAUAAUUGUCCAUGAAAAACUGUUGUAAGAAACUUCAACAUGCCUUAUAUUGAGUAACAGUUUCUGCUCUCUUAUUUA